AUGCCGGACAAUGUUGAACUCACAACCACCAAGGGUGGAAAUAAUAUUUCCACUGUAUUCGCUGAUGAAGGGCUUGCCAAAGGCCAUGUCGCUCAAAAGUAUAUCGGCACCAUGGCCGACCAAAGGGAUAUGCAGGCUUUGGGAAAGGAACAAGUUCUCAGGAGAAAUUUCCGGUUCAUUUCAAUCGUUGCCUUUGGAUGUACUCUGAUUGCUUCAUGGGAGGUCAUGUUGACCAUGAUGAGCUCGCCUCUGGUUGAUGGUGGCACUGCUGGCUUCAUCUGGGGAUUUGUCGUGGUUUCGGUUGGUGUGUUGCUUCUGUUCGCCAGUUUGGCGGAGAUGGCUUCCAUGGCACCCACUGCUGGUGGCCAGUAUCACUGGGUAUCAGAGUUUGCACCGAGGAAGUAUCAGAAGUUCUUGAGUUAUAUCACUGGAUGGCUCUGUGCCACGGGCUGGGAAUGCGCAAUUGUGUCAAUUGCUUUCCUAGCAGGUACCAUCAUCCAAGGACUGGUUAUACUUAACUACCCGGAUUAUGUCUCUGAGCGGUGGCACGGUACCCUCAUUACAAUCGCCAUCACCCUUUUCUCUGUCCUCUUUAACACCUUCCUCGCCAAGAAGCUCCCUCUCGUUGAAGCCUUCAUCUUGAUCCUCCACGUUGCCGGAUUCUUCAUUGUGAUUAUACCCCUCUGGGUUCUGGCACCCAUCAAGGACGCAAAGUCUGUUUUCACACAGUUUACAAACGGUGGUGAUUGGAAUAGCAAUGGUACUGCCACGAUGGUUGGUCUAAUCACUGCUAUUACUGCCAUGAUUGGCUACGACUGUACUGUUCAUAUGUCCGAGGAAGUUCGAGACGCUUCCACGACCCUUCCCAAAGCUAUCAUGGCGGCGUGCUCCUUGAACGGGGUCUUGGCCUUUGUCGUUAUGGUCACUUUAUGUUUCACCUUGGGUGAUGUGAAUGAGGUUCUCGACUCCGCUACUGGGUAUCCUUUCAUUCAGGUCUUUUUCAACGCCACCAAGAGCUACGCAGCUACAAACGCAAUGACUGCAAUUGUGACCAUGUCGCUUAUUGCCAGUGUUAUUACUGAGGUCGCUACUGCGUCGCGUCAACUUUGGUCAUUCGCCCGUGAUGGGGGCGUCCCACUGGCUAGCUUUUUCGGUCAUGUCAAUCCCAAUUGGAACAUUCCCCUCAACGCUGUUCUGGUGUCCCUCGUGCUUACGAUGCUGCUAUCACUCAUCAACAUCGGCUCGACUGUCGCCCUGGAUGCCUUGAUCACCCUCACUGUCGGAGCAUUGUUGAAUUCCUACAUCGUCACUGUUUCCUGUGUCGCAUGGAAAAGAAUUCGUGGGGAACCAUUACCCCCACAUCGGUGGUCACUGGGCCGAUGGGGACUUUGGGUAAACCUCGGGGCCCUGGCUUUCCUCAUUCCGGAGUUCGUUUUCGUUAUGUUCCCCCUUUACUCGACUGUGGAUCCCGAGAACAUGAACUGGAGCUCACUCAUGUAUGGUGGCAUGAUGAUUUUUUCCAUCAUCUACUAUGCGUUGUACGGGCGGAAAACUUAUGUGCCGCCCGUGGCCCUGGUCAAGCGCGAAAUCUGA